CCGAAAGAGAAAUUCCAAGAACGACGACUAAUAAUCAUCGCACCACAUAACUUUUCGCCAGCUAUUUAAUACAGCGAAGCCAGGCCAGCAUCAUAUACGUCGCGUCAUCGUUCAGAACAUUCCUUUUCUGUUUCCAUGACACGAACCAUGGCGUCCCCUACAAUCCUUUCAUCUCCUCUUCUCAGCUUAGAAAGUAUCAACAUUCUCCUAGCUUCACCAGCACCACAGAACGUCGAUGUGCGUAUCCAACUCUUAUCGGCCAAGAUUCUUGCCCUUUCAAAUCUCCCACUGUCUCCUGCAUGUCGUCUGGAUGUUCAGAAGACUAGGUUCCAAUUAGGCAAAACGUAUCUAAGAGAUAAGUUUGACUUGAAAUGUGCCGAAAUAGAACUAGGCAUGGUUCAAAGGGAAUGCAAAGAGCUGGCUAGGAAAAAAUCCUACAAAGCAGACGAAUUGGAGCACUAUCCGAGCCAAGAAAACAUCAUUAAAGAGAUGGCAGUUGAAUAUGAAGCAUUGCAAAGUCAAGCAAAAGAACUGAGAAUGGAAGCUAUGCGUCUUCUCGUCGAAGUCGAAGAAGGCCUCGGUAGGCUAGGAAGAGCUGCCACAUGGAGAAAUUUGAUUGAGGCAGCUGUGAAGGAUGCGUAAUGGCCAGGCCUCUCGAAUCUGUCAAAGGUCGGACACGGUACAAACCAUCGUGAUGGGCCGACCCUCAGGCAAUUGCAUCAACCCUAGUUAGAUUUACUCUGCUUGGUAUAGUCAUUAUAGUAAUGACCCGUUUCAUUCCCCGACUUUGCCGACUUUUUCGGAUUGCACACUUGUGUUGUCCAUUAUUUCCAUUCCAGUACUGUAGGAGGAAUCUAAGAACCGAAGGAUUACCUAAUCACCCGUUAUCUUCCAUUUCAGUUAACGGACAAUUUGUGCCGAUCCGAUUCAAUCGAUGCACCGAGAAUAUGGACCUAAUACCGUGCGACUGAAGCAAAAAUAUCAAGAUCGGUAUACGAAACAUACCAUUCCUAUCGAUUUAGUCGCGUCUAUGGUAUUUCAACUAGAAUCCAGCCCCAUUAUUUGGGUCAAUCCCCUCUGAGCCGGCUCAACCUAGCAUCUUUUCCAAUUCGUUCUCUUCUAAUUCGUUCUCUUCUCAAUGAAUACAUUUUCCUUCUACGUAUAUAUCAGGAUAAGCAUUCCC